AUGCACUCUCUCAGCUAUGAUUCAAACUCUGGAAUCACCAGCCUCGUGAAAAGUCUGGUCGCCCAACUUUUGAUGUCUUAUCCGGAGUUUGGGCUACAAACAGUCAACCAAAUCUCACAAGAAGAUGCAGAAAGUAUCGAUAUGCUUUGCCAAAUCUUCCAGCGCCUAAUUUUCCACCUGCCCCCCGACGUCAUAGUCUUCUGUCUUAUCGACGCAGUCACCAUUUAUGAGACUUCUUCCUCCCACAUGAAGGACUGCGAAGUAGUGUUCAGCCUACUUAUCGAUAUUGUGAAGCAGACUCAAGACUACGGCUGUGUGUUUAAACUGAUGUUCACCAACCCUCAAAAUAGUGACCGAUUUUACAAGCUUGUACCUGACCAAGCAAGUAAUGUUGUCUGGAUUCCAGGCCGAGUACCUCGGACAGGAGGACUUACACUUGGAAUUGCGAAAAUGCGAGGGCUUUUUCACGAAAGUUGA